AUGCAAGUGAGCCAUGGUAGGUUUCUUUCAAAUUUCAAACUCUCUUGUGUGUAUGUGUGUGUGCUGGGUCGCCCUCAUGUGAACAGAGGCAGCUCCUGCUGUGGUGCAAAUUGAAUUAGUCCCUUAAUUAAAGGCUCCUGCGCACCACUGAGCAUGCCUCUUUCAGUCGGCCUCUUGUGAAAGCUGGCAAUUCUGAGUGCUAAAAUAACUCCCCCUCAGGGCAGGGAGUGAGGAAUAGUUUUCAGCCUGAGGGCCACAUUUCCUUCUGAGCAACCAGGGACCACAUUCCAAGGUGGGCGGGGCUAGAGGCAAAAGUGGGCGGGGCAAUCGAUAUCAACGUUUGCCCUUGUGCAGUAGGCUUGUUUCUGCACAAGAGAGUGAGUGUGUUUGGGGAGGGGGUGUAGCCUGGGGCCAGAGAGAGACGUCUGGAGGGCCGCAUUUAUUUCCCGCCUCAGAGACUUUAUCCUGUUCUAUGUUUCGUUGCUCUGUUUGUAUAUCCUUCCCGUCCUUUAAGAUAUAAGAGUGAUGCCCCAAAUAUUAGAUAUUUAUUUGUUUUUAUUUAUUACAUUCUUAUUCCACCCUUCAAGGACCUUGCAUAUUUAUCCUUCCUCAAGGCAUCUCAGGGUACUGCAUCCAGCGGCAUACUUUGGCAAUCUUUUGUAAUACGAUGCCCUAUGCGAGGAAUAAAUUUGGCACCCCCAAAUGGAUCCCACCAUCACCUUCUGUCCUCACAACAACCCCGUGAAGUAGCUGAGGCUCAGAAAGAGUGAGAGAGUGAGCCCCUUCGUGGCCCAGUGGGGAAUUUGAACCUGGUUCUCCUCAGUCCUAGCCUGCCUUUCCAAUCCAACACCAUGCUGGCUGUCGCUACUCUAGAUCUGUUGCAUUACGCUGCAAAAUUUACUUAUUUUAUUUAGAAAAAACGUAAACGAUUUCUCAAAGUGGUGUACAAAUGAGAUUACAUGACUAAAACCCACAAAGCAAUUAAAAAAAACCCCUUAGUGUACAUUGUUGGGGGCUGCCAACCCCACCUUCCCUUUAUACCUGCUGAGAGUUAACCUAUUGCCCACAUAACUUCAUUUCAAUGACCUGAGUUUAGGUCUGUGAAACCUGACUACUGUAUUAGCUGCUGGGAUCACCCAUACUUGUCGCAAGGUUGCCUCAGGUAAACAGGUGAUUUACCUGUUGAUUUUAUGACCUGUGGGUCAAAAGAUGGUAGUUAGCACAUUUUUUUUAAUGACCCAUAAAGUAAGGUCUUGUGUAACUUGGAGAGCUUUCUCAUGUGAUUUUGUGGUGCAAACGUCAAUGUGGCGGGGUGAGGCUGGUGGGUGCUAUCCUGCUCCCUCGUCAUGCCUUCGCUGAGCGUGUUGGGGAGACCAGCUCCUCAUGUUUGCCUGUGUUUUUGCUCUUCUGUAAAGGAGCGAACCUGGUGCUGUGGCAGACAGUCCUGAGCCCUAAACUGUGACUUCCAAGACAACAAACAAGGUAAGGACAUUUCUCUCCGGACAGAAAGAAGGAAUUAAAUAUGAUGGGAGGAAGUAAACGUGAUGAGAGCAGGUACUGAUUGUACCUUCGCCUUGUAGCUAUUUUGGUGGUAACCUGCGUUCAGAGAUAGUGGGGUCUGAUGCUUGUGUCUUGCUGCAUCCUCAACUCUCAGUAGGUUGUGAAAUAUUGGCAGGGGGAGGAAUCCGCUGAAGUCAUUGCACAACGACAGGCUGCUCCUGCAACUGAACUUCCCCUCUUCCUUCUCCUCCCUCUCCCGUGCACCCCCAAAGGGUUCGCGGGAACCCCAAAGCAGAUUUAAGGAGUUGCAGGGAGAGGAGACGGAAGGAGAAGUUCUGUUGCUUGAGCAGAAGUCUGGUUGCUUGCCCAAUGACUUUGCCAAACACAACCCAUAAGGAGAAGGACCCUGGGUUUUUUUUUUAACUCAGUAAAAGUCACGCUUUUCAGUCGUGUUACAGUACAACUGUCUCCUUUUUGUAGGAUUUUCAGAAUACAUUUAAACCAAAAGGGUAUGUUACCAGGUUAAUUAGAUCAGACCUUUUCAGUGGUGACCCCCCAACUUGUGGAAUGCUCUACCCAGGGAGACAUGCCUAGCGCCACCCUUAUCUGUUUUUGGGCACCAGGUGAAUACCUUUUUCUUUACACAAGUUUUUGGCCCUUAAUUGUGGCCUCUUUUAGUUGGGUGAGAACAGCAAGUCCUGAUCUGUUUUAUCUGUUCAGCUGCGCUUUUAGAUUUUAGAUUUUUAUUGGGAGUUCUUUAUUUGGUUUUAAUGUAAGUUGCUUUGGGUCACUUUGUGAGAAAAACAACUAACAAAUAUAAUAAUAAAUAAAUACGGUGUAUCUCCUUGAGGUUUUUGUGCACAUUUUUGCGCAAUCGGUGGUAGUGGCCCCUUUCCCUCCCCUCACAUGCAACUGGGGUCUUUCAUCGCUGAUUUGAUUCAAGACCAUACAGCUCAGUCUUCUACAGGGCUGGAACCAGGGUUGAUCCCUUCAGGCCCCUGUUGAGGUCCAUGAUCUGGCCUGAGGCCUACUGGAGACCAGGGGCCUCCUCCUGCUGCUGUUCUUUCUGUUCAGCAGAGAUGGGGCUUGGAGCGACCUAUGGCCCUUGUUGGACUCCGGUUUCCCUCAGCUCCAGCCAGCAGGGUCAAUGUUUAGGGAUGAUGGAAUUUGUAGUCCAAAAAUACCCUGGAGGUCCAUAGGUUCCCUAUCCCUGCUCUUCAACAUUCCUGCUUACUUGCCUCUUCCUCUUCCUCUAGCCUAGAGGUAGAGGGAAUGCAAAUAAGUGAGUGUGAUGGGAAGAGGAGUAGCUAGCACAGGCUUGCUAGGCCAUCUGCUCCUCCUCAGCCCUAAUAGUAAGGCAUUCCAUGCCCCCAGGCUUAUAACCGAAGAAGAUGUGACACACAAGGAAAAAGAAAAGGAGGGAGGAGGGAAAAGCAAGCUCAGCCACAAGUUACAGGUCUUAUAAUGCAGUUAGAAACGGCAGAACCUCAGUUCAGUUAGAUUCCUUUAAACCUCCAAUGAAGUUAAUAGCGAGCUUUUGGUCAUGUAAACUGGAAGACCCUCUUUUGCGUAAGAAGGCACUGGCCGAUUGAACAAGUUCAGUGCUUGCUUGCUUGAGGCUUCUUCGAGUUUUCCUUCUCAGGAAGGUUGUGUUGUUCCACAGCACACAUGCUCACAAAUGGCCCAGGGCCGUGCCCAGUUGUUUAAACAUAGAUCACCUCACAAAGCAAGAUCCUGGCAAGGUGCGAGGCUUGAGCUACGUGUCGUUCUCAGUCCUGCGUAGCUUAUCUCCAACUUUUGACAAAAUGCAGCUGUGAAGGCUGCAAACUAAAGCGGAAACAUUGUGCUGUGUACGUAUUUUUCCUUGCAGGGCAUCCCCGCUCCAAAAAAAGCUUUGUGUGUGUUUGUGUUUUAGUGGGGAAAUGACACAUGGGAAAAGGAUUACGAACUCCCGCACCCCCUUCCCAUGUGCUAGUUUUCUGCUUUUGGCUGUGUACUGUAGCUUCAAACAGCUACGGUUCUGAGCACCCUUAGCAAACUACAGUUCCCAGGGCUCUUUUGGGACUUGGAAAGUGCUUUAAAUGUAUGGCAAGGAUGCAGCAUCAGUCUGCAGCCCUUUCCUCACUCCAUUUUCUGAAACAACAAACCUUGAGGCAAACCACACACAGUUUGCCACUUGCAAGCAUUGCACAAUUCAGUACGUGCAGCGGCAGCUUUUUAACAGCAGCCCCUGCUGCACAAUUGCCUCAGAGAAUCUGUUAUGCAGCUACAUGUGUUUUAUUUAUGCCACAGAAUUAAAUGUGUGUUUGUGGAGACUUUGUUGGAUUCAGUGAGUUCACAGGUGUAGCUAUUUCUACAUCACAGUUAAGUGAUAAUAAAACAUAUCGCGUUGUUAGACUUAAUUGAGUUUAUCUAUCAUUUGAUAUUCUUCUCUAGCCUUAAGACAAGACUGAAAAAGUAGCAAAAUCUUGUUGCUGAAAUUGUAUAUAUUUGGGAAAGAAAGCUGGGAUCUGAUAAGCAGCAACACAGAAGCCACACAAGAGUAGAAGUUGGGUAUUCCCACAUCUAAUUAAAUGGAGUGUCUCAAUUCAGACAUCCUGCCAAAUUGUAGUUAAGAAAUUUUAACUAUGGUUUGCUGCGUUCGAAUUGAAAAACUAGGGUUUACGACUGGAUUGACUGGGAAAGUAGAACUGGAAACUGCACCUUAAAAUGUACUGUAUUUGCAAACCGUGUUUUGUGCUUAACUAUGAUUUGGAGUGAUGUCUGAAUGGACAACCCAGUUAUGGCUGUUCGUCUACUUUCACAGAUUGCUACACCAAGGAGAUAUAGAAGCCAAGGACUGAGAGGACAGAAAAUGAGAGUGGGCAUGCUGCUGUAAACUGUUUUUUGCCUGUUGCAUGCUUAGAUGAGGACAUAAGAUACCUCCGCUGCAUGUGAGUAUACUUAGCCAUUCUCUGUAUUUGUUAUCAUAUAUGAAGCUUCUCAAGUGGAUUCAGACCAUUGGGUCCACCUAGCCAAGAUCUCAGGCAAAGGAAAAACCUUUCUUCAGCCCUGUCAAUAGAGAGUGUUUCAACUGGAGAUGCUGAGGGUGGAACCUGAGAUCUCUGUGCAUACACACCAUACAUGGCUUGCUCCAAAGAACCCUGGGAACUGUAGUUUAAGCCUCAAAAAGCUAAACCUCCCCAGCACCCUUAACAAACUACCGUCUCCAGGAUGCUUUGGAAAAAGUCACUGUGCCAUAAAUGCUCUUUAAAUGCAGGUGUGAAUGCAGCCCAAGCGUCCUCUGGGAGCUUUGUAAAUAGGAAGUCAUGUGGAAAAUCUUUCGCAACAAAGGAACUGCAAACAUGCAAAGUCUUGUAUGUAAGGCAACCGCCUUCAUGACAUGCAUAGUCUGCAGACCUAGAGAUAUAAACAUUUCCCUUAAUUUCAGGCAAUUAGCUCUGCCGAACCAUGCCUGUGAGCCUUUGCAGGGAGACGGCUGGCGCUGCCCGAUAGGCAGGCAGGAGCUGUCCUGUGCCAACGCUGCCCCUUCCCUGAACCCUUUCUCUCCCUGCCCCCACUCCGGGAGCUGGCACACAUUCCUUCCUUUCAUAUCUGACCUUGGCCACCACUACGUCUGUGAAGGUUAGUCCAGCCUCCAGUCCUUAUUGUGGGAAAUAAUGAGCGGUUGGCAUUGGCGCUGGAAAAAGGGGGGGGGGCAGUGGACAAAAGUUCACCGCUUACGCAGAGCCAGGCAUGAUGACCGUUGGCAUUGCCUCCUGCUCACCCGCUGAAGUUGGCAUUGCUCUCCCACACUUGCCCACAGCACGGGCAGAUUUCAAGAGAGUAUCUGAAUACGCACAAAGAAGGGAGGGGAUUAUUUGUUGCAAAUUUUGCAGUUGCAACCACUUUUGCAGAGAUUGUGGCCCAAGGCUGUUUGUUCUGAAUUCUCUAACCCAAAGAUGAGAGACCAGAGACCUGGGCGGCAGCAGGGCAAGAGGGCCCUCCUUGCACAUUUUUCCAUGGGUGGAAUGUGCCCCUGAAUUCUGAUAAGGUCUCUUAUAUGUCCGGAUGGAGGAUAGAGAGGGGUGUGUGAGUCUGUGUUCUUAACUGUUCUUAACCUGAAGCACCACUUUAGCUAAUGGGGCCUUGUGCUGCCACCGCGCCGCCGGAGCACAAUUUCUGUUCUUAUCCUGAAGCAAAGUUCUUAACCUGAAGCACUAUUUCUGGGUUAACAGAGUCUGUAACCUGAAGCGUAUGUAACCUGAGGUACCACUGUAGUUCAACCACUUUGAGAACUGUAGCUCUGUGAGGGGAUUACGGAUCUCCUAGCAACUCCCAGCACCCUGAACAGAUGACAGCUCCCAGGAAUAUUUGGGGGAAGUCGUGGCCAUGUAAAGUGGUAUCAUAGCGCUUUAAAUGUGUAGUGUGAAUUUGACCUUAGUUUAACUAAAAACAGUUAAAGCAAUUGUAUGUAUCACACCCACCCACACCCCUAGCUAUAUCUAUAUCUAUCUACCAAUCAAGGAUCAAGGUACAUUCCAGCCAGGCAAAAACAGUCAGGAUUAGGAUAGGAAGCAGAGCCUGGUGGAAGUUCCAGCGGCCAGAAAGAAAGGCCUGGACAGGCAUAUUAGGCCCCAGUGCCUGAGGUCCUUCACACCUGCUGUAAAAUACCAGAUGCUCAGAGGCAAGAAAUCCAGACAUUGGUAUGAUUUGUGCUUGAGUAGAGAAAAUGUGGCUCUAUGGCUAAUAUGAGAUCCAGACAUUGGGAAUUCUAUUCUUGUUUUUAGAGUUUCAGGUCUUUCAUGGCUACCGAAAACCACUGAAAUGAUUUUGACAGCAGCUAACUUCUCCUAUAAUCUGUAGAAAACCAAGAGGAUCGGGGUAAAGAUAGAUUCCAGUGGUCUAGCUAAGGCAGGGGAAGGAUGUCUCAAUUCAGCAUAGCUGUCCCAGGAGCUCCCCGAAGCUCACACCCACACCCACACCCACGCCUGACUUCUAGAGAACUGUAUUUUCUUGUUCACUUCCAUCCAUAUUUCUUGAGAAACAUUUUUCCCCCAGCCACAAAUACCCAUCCUGUUUAUUCAGAGGGGGAAAACAAGCAAAGUUUCAGAUGGCGCCGAAAAAUAAAUAAAUUGCAAGGCAUCUAAAUGAAAUGCAUUUAUGCCAAUUUGAAUAAUUCCAGGCCUAGAAAGAUACACAGUUUGACGUAAUUUUAAUCCCCUGACAGGAGAGGUAAGAAGAUGUCCAAACAAGUGUUUGAAAGGCACUUUGUGCUGGGAUACUCUUGGCUGCAAAGAGCUCUGACUCCUAUUUCAUGGUAAUAAAUACAUCUUAUUAAAGUUUCUGGGGAACAGGCCAGAGGAAUUGACAGCACAGGAGCAGGCAAAAUCUCUGUCCAUCUUGACAUUUCUGUUUGUUACAUUUCCUACUCAUUUUCCAGACAAAAAGUAAUUAAAAUUCAAUACACAAUGCAAUGCGCUUAUAUUGACCGAAAUUCUGCUCAGAGUAGGCCCACUGAAAUGAAUGAACCUGAAUCAGUCGUGCCCAUUAAUUUUGGUGCUUCUGCUUGGCGCAACACUAGCUUUGGAUCCCACCCCAUGGUUUGGAGUCUCCUUGGAGUCUCUUUUGGACUACUACUGUUCCCAGCCAGCGUAACCAAUAAGCAGGAAUGCUGGGAGUUGUAGUUCCCAGGUGGAGGAAGGCUGGUUUGGGGAAUCCAGACUGACCCUCCAGCUGGGCAUCUUACCUUUGGCCUUAUACUCAUUCCUCCUUUCUCUGAUUCUUCUCUUUCUAGGCCUGAAUCCUUUUUUGCUUUGGAGAAGAGUCGGCAAGCGUGUGUGCCUAUGUGUGCAUCUUGUAGCAUAUGCAAUUCACGGAGCCUACCAGACACUGUCUCCACCCACUUUCACAUGUGUGAAUCUUUGUAUGCAUAUAGCGUCCAAACUCUUUUAAUUGGCUGUGAUUGA